CUUCCUGUCCCCAUGCACCUCUUUGUCUAAUAGGCUGGCUCUGUUUCUGUGGCGACAGCGCUCAUCUAUUUCACACCUGCUCUCGCACGACAACAGAGAACCUACCCAUUUCCUGCUUCAGAAUAUUAAAAGCCAUGGACCUGCACUUAAGAUUGACCACUCUGCUGGUCCUGAUGCUCCAAGCUUUGAAUGGAGUGCGACUCCAGAAUUCUACAGAAUUUCCACAGAAUUUCUACAGAAACAUCAAUGACACUGACACACCAACAACCAGUGUAGGUAGCAACACCUUGGAUGUGAAUACAAACACCGCAAAGCAGGACAAAAUGACAAACGAGGCUUUCCAAGAAGUCCCAAUGCUGAACUCCACCACUCCAGGUGUGAUGGAAAAUGCAAUCGAUAGUCUCCCAGCCUCUACGACCAAUGGUGCAGCUGGGAACCCCAUCACGGCUUCACCAGACAUCCUGUUAUCUUCAACCAACGAUACAUCUGUCACCUCGGGGAGCAACAGCACUGGACCAUGGGAUACUGGUCUGCCUGAAGUGUCUAAUGCCACCAUAUCGAGCCCCCCGACCACCACCACUACCACCACCACCAAGGGCUGGGCCAGCAAUGGCACAGCAGAUGCACCUAACGUCACUGUGACAGUUAUACCUGAGAGCCAGGAUUAUACCUCUUCCACAACAGAGCACAUCCCUGGGCCACCCCAAGUUAAUUCCACCUCCACCUCCACCACCACGAUCACCAGCUCCACCUCCACCCCUACAUCCACCACCAACACAACAAGCCUCAACACCAAAGUCAAGGCUGGGGAUUCAGGGAACAACACAGAGAACAGAGGUUUCACGCACAUUGACAGGAAGUCAAGGAAUAACACUAACGCUUGGGGUGCAAUUAUCGGCACAGCUCUGGCAGUGGGGUUUGUGGGGUUUAUCAUUUACAUCCUCCUGAAGAAGAAGAAUGGACGACAGUUCAUGCACAGGAAACUCAUCGAGGAUAUGCCGUCGGAACCAGUUCUGAGACUGGACAACGGUGAGCCCUUGGACUUGAAAUUUGAUGGCUUGGCCUACUACAACCCUGGAGUCCAAGGAGACCACAUUCAGAUGACCAACUUUCCACAGGGACACAGGCACUGAUGAACAGCCAGGCAAGCAGAGAGAGACUCCCACACGUCAUACAGUAGUAUGACAACGCAAGAGCUAUUCAUACUAGAAACUCUUCAUCCUAACCAUUUGCCUACAUUGGGGGACACAGACACUAUUCAGUAGAAGAAACUUUUUGUAAAUCAAAACAAAUCUGCCAAAGAAUUACAAUGAGAAUUUUUUUCUGCAUGAAAUUAAUGGGGGAAGCCUCUAAACAUGGGAUUAAAUCUAUCUAUCUACCUGAAUUAAAUCCGAUUUGACAUAUUUCUGUCAACCUUUUUAUUUCAUAUUCUCUAGUAUUCAAUGACCUUUAACACUUAACACUUUAGGCGUAAGUUUUUUAGAAAUGUCAAACAUAUUAUGGAGAUAUAAUAUAUGAUAUAAUGAACAAAAUCAAUGAUUGCAUGACUACAAUUUUAAGCUUUAAAUUAAAACAACUUGGUAUCUGCAGUUCAUGGCAAAGGGUGUUUCGACUUGGAGUGAUUUAAUUCAUUCGGUCACAGAAUGAGACUCUAGUACAGUUCUGAUACAGAACAUUGCAAUAACAUCCAGGCUAUGAUCAAGAACAUGAUGUUGAAAACCAGAAAAGUCUAAAAUACAAGUGGCCCAAAUAUUUUAGUGGUAGCUGUAAUCAAUAUGUUGUGGAAUUGCAAUAUUUUUGUAAAAACUUCACUUCACAAAUAAAUUUGGAUAAAUAUAUCAUUAAGAGAAAUGGCUAUUUUGAGAAAUAUUUUUUCUGGAAAUUUUCCUUAAUUGUCUCCUGCUAUACGUGGUGUGCUUUAGAAUCUGUGCAUUUAAUCAUUUCAACAAGCAUUUAGGACUGAAAUUAAAGGGGUUAUCUAGAAAUUCACCACAAACUUUCCAUUUAAAGUUUUCAGCAGAUGAGCUUUGCAAAUCUUCACGUAAACAUACACCUCAAUUAGUUAGUUUAGGUUAUUUACAUUCUGCCCACAUUACUCAGCUUUGAGUUGGUUGCAAUUAUCCAUAUGGACCAACAGCUGGUAGCUUGUUGAUCAUUAUUAACUGAAGCUGAAGAAGCUUACUGCCAUUUCUUUAACAAGAACAAAUGUGAACUGUACAAUUUUCUCUACUUACCCCAUAUUGCCAUGAAGAUUGCAAAAAAAACAGUUCCGCCAUUGUCAAAGAGAUGGGUCACCUGGAAAAACACAAAGGGUGACCUUUACCAGUACAGGCCUCUAAGGUCACGUACACACUGCAGCUAAAUACAAUUGACACUCCUCAUUGGAGUGCUUAAUCCUGUUACGUUCACACGCAGUUUAGUUAUGAAGGUUAGUGACAACCAUAUUCUACAAUUCAACUCACUAUCUGAAAGUUUAGGUAUUGACAACAAUAUCUGAGUGUGGAUGUGGUUAGUCAGUGCAGUAGACCACACUAGAACUAGUUGUUAAGUGACAUAGGCGCUACGCUCACUCCUAUGCUGCUCCCUCCUCCUUCCUUAUUCAUUUGAUAAAAUGGCAGAUUAAAGUUAGAUUAAAGUUAAGGUCAGAUCAACAGACUUUAUUUUUAAUAAGUGUUUGGCUUGAGGACAGGACACAAAAGAAACAAGGUACAAAAAGAGGCCAGCUUCUUUUGUCUCUAAAUCACUGAACUACAUACUUGCAAACAGCGUACAGCUAACUAGCUAGCUAUAUGAUUUUAAAUUGGUUACAAAUUUCGCUAUCUGAGCUACCCGCAGCUGAAAUUUAAUCCUUGCAUUAAAGACUUGUCAAGUUAAGUGUUGUUACAGUACUGUGUAGCCUAUGACAAUGUAAAGCAUCAUAUUAAUAUUAUUGAUAUUAUUUAUGCAAUUUAUUAUCAUGAAAUUGCAGAUAAACUGAUGCCUCCAGUUAGUUGAGCAGUCAAGUGAACACAAAGUACUGUCAGACUGGGUAUGGUUGCUGCCAUCUUUGGUCUGAGGUAAACAUUGCUAUUCUACGUGAUUACAGGUUCCAUUCAUACACAUUCUACUCUGCUUUGCUGUAAUGUGUACUAUAUAUCAGUAUUCAGUCUCAUUAAUGAAUUUGGUAGUGACUCCCAAAAACUGCCAGUGUGUACGUGACCUAACAGAAACUGAAGAAAAGCAUUGAAAUUCGAGGUCUCAAGCAAUGGAAUGGUCUCUUGAUAAAACUGCCACAGAUGUAAAUAAGCUUGGGAGAUGAACAGAAUUCAUUACAGUUUGUGUGUUAGUAGGUAUGUAAAGGCUAUGAGAACAAUGUAUACUGCACAACCCACUGGGGUCAUUUUAUCCAGUUUUGUAAAUAUACUGCUUUACUCUCAAUGAAAAAUUCACAUUUAACAUUAAACAUUUAUUUUUUCAGGAGAAUUCAAACUGAGGGAUGGGUGAUUGGUCAUAAUCCUUCCCCUCCCCUAACUGCUUUCUUAGCUGUAAAACACAUAAUUAAAUUAUUCCAAAAUAGCUCUAAUAGAGUUAAAUCCUAAAACACAAUUUCAGAAUAUUUACAGUGCAGAAUUGAAAAGAAAAUGGAGAUAAAACAUUGAAUACUACAUGCUGAAAGAUGUUCAGUAUUAUUGGUCUUUGCUCCUGUAGAGAAGUAGACUGUACAGACAUGCACACACAAGCCAAUACAUUUCCAGGAGCUAUGUCAAACUACACACUAUGUGCAACAUUUGAAUAUUUUAAGUGUCAUAUAGUGUCAUAUAUAUGGACUAUACUGUAUAUUUAAUGCAGACCAAUUCCAAUGGUUGUAUAAUGAACUUGACUUUGAUGCUGAAUGAGUAAAAUAGACUGCUCUUAUUUUUUUAAAUGUCUGAAUAUGCCAGCUGACAGUGAAAAUGACCGUCUUUUCAUUUGCCAUAGAAUUAGCGCUCGUUACAGUACAGUACAGCUACAGUAAUUUACCCUCAGGCAGUGCUUGGUUCAAUAUGCACUAAGAUGAAUAUGCACUAUUUGUUGAAUGUUAUACUAGUCUCCAAAAGCACAACAUGGAUGAAAGUGAGUUCUGUAAAUAAAGUUAUUUUUCUGCCA